CCCUGCCGCCCCUCGCCACGGCCGCGCCCUGCACCGAAAAUCAUGCCGAUAAUUUAAUCAGCCUGUACAUACAAAUCUAAAUUUACCAUGACGGUCAGGUGAUCGAUGCUAGAUUUCGAAUUAGAUUUUUGCGUUCGAUUUUUUUGCAGCCGCAAGUGUAUACGAUAGUUGUAGUGUCAGUGUAAGAUUGUUCUGAGUGAGUGUCCCCUGUAAAUAAGUGAAUCGGAUUACAGUUAAGUGUUUUUUUUGCGUUUCUCUGUAAACAUGUGGUGUGUGUUCUUGACUCUCGUGAAAGCAUGAUCGGAAUUUCUUGAUGAAAACCUGGUAAAUGCCACGACGCGACGUGUGGACCGGCAAUGGCGGACUGCUAGCACACUACGAGCGUUGGCGGUGGAAGCUUGUGACACCAUGCUGCUGCUGCAGGUGCUGUGCUUCGUGUCGCUGCCGUCGCUGGCGUCCCGCCUGGUGCGCGGGGACGCCCCGCCGCCGCCGCCGCCGCUCAUCAGCUCGCGCGUCGUGCGCACGAAGUACGGAGACAUACGCGGCUUCAUCGUCACCCCCGAGUCCAGAUACCUAGAGCCAGUUGAAGUCUUCCGCGGUAUUCCUUACGCCUCCCCGCCGGUCGGCUCCCUACGCUUUAUGCCGCCUGUGUCCGGCGCGCAGUGGUCGGGGGUCAAGAUCGCCGAGGAGUUCAGCCCCGUGUGCCCGCAAGUGCUGCCUGAUAUAAGGAACGAAACGGCAGUGCUGAAGAGGAUAUCGAAAGGGAGGUUGGAGUAUCUGAAGAGGAUACUGCCGUUUCUAACGAACCAGUCUGAGGACUGCUUGUAUUUGAACAUCUACGCUCCCGCGCAAGCAGGCGUGCGCGACGCGGUGGCCCGCUACCCGGUGUUCGUGUUCGUUCACGGGGAGAGCUACGAGUGGAGCUCCGGGAACCCGUACGACGGCGCCGUGUUGGCGUCCCAUGCGGGGCUGGUGGUGGUUACUAUUAACUACCGUCUUGGAGUGCUGGGCUUCCUCAACCCCCGCUCGGACGAGUACCCGCGCUCGCCCGCCAACUACGGCCUCAUGGACCAGAUCGCGGCGCUGCACUGGCUCAAGGAGAACGCGGCGGUGUUCGGCGGAGACCCCUCCAACGUGACGCUGAUGGGGCACGGCACCGGCGCCGCCUGCGUGCACUUCCUGCUCACCUCGCUCGCCGUGCCUGAAGGCCUCCUCUUCCACCGGGCGAUUCUGAUGUCGGGGUCGGGCCUGAGCCCCUGGUCGCUGGUAGCCGACCCCAACAAGUACGCAGCGAUCGUCGCCUCUCACGCCAACUGCUCUCCUGAGUUGACCCCGCCGGCGCUGCUGCGCUGCCUCCGCGAGCGGCCGCUAGAGGCGCUGCUGUCGGCGCCGGUGCACGCGCCGGACUUCGCCUACGCCUUCGGGCCGAGUGUCGACGGCGUUGUUAUUGACACUGGAGACAUGCUAGCAAACCCAGACAGUGGGUUCGAGUGGGGUGCCGGCUACCGGGGGCCCAGCGGCAAGGAGCUGCAGAGCGCCAUCAACAUCAUCAACGCAGUGCUUAUGAGGAAGAGUGCUGUUGCGCAACUUACCAAAUACGACCUAAUGCUGGGGGUGACAAAAGCGGAGGCCUACUUCGCGUUCUCCGGCGACGACGUCCAGUACGGCAUCGAAGCGGACCGCCGCUCCAAGAUACUGAAGGCCUUCGUGAGGAACACAUACAACUACCACCUGUCCGAGAUCCUGGCCACGAUUAUAAAUGAAUACACGGACUGGGAGCGGCCGGUGCAGCAUCCGAUUAAUAUACGGGACGAGACACUAGAGGCACUCAGUGACGCACAAGUCGUAGCUCCCAUCGUACUGACGGCUGACACACACUCGGCUCUGCGCAGGAACUCAUAUCUCUAUGUGUUCGACUACCAGACCAAGUAUGGAGACUAUCCACAGCGACAAGGUUGCAUCCACGGCGAGGAGCUGCCGUACAUCUUCGGGGCCCCGCUGGUGGGCGGGCUGGCCCACUUCCCGAGGAACUAUACCAAAGCAGAAGUAGCCCUUUCAGAGUCUGUCAUGCUGUACUGGGGCAAUUUCGCCAAAACUGGCAACCCCAAUGAAGCGCAAGAGAGUGAUCCGAUUAGAGCGGGACGGCAGGAGAGGGUGCGACAGAAGAACAUCGAGUGGACGGCGUACGAGGCCGUGCACAAGAAGUACCUCAACAUCGACACCAAGUCCAAGCUCAAGAACCAUUACCGGGCGCACAGAUUAUCAUUCUGGUUGAACCUGGUGCCGGACCUGCACCGGCCAGGCGGCGACGACGUGCCGCCCGCCCACCACCAGCUCGACGCCGACGACUCCGCCCAGCCCACGCUCAAGACCUUCAGCCCGCCCUUCAAGAAGACCACUGACGUCAUCACUGACGCCGCAGUGGCCACUAAAGCCCCUGUACUCAGCGUGUUAAACGUCACUUCACCAUUGAACUUCAAUAUAGUAGGCCUAAGCAACCCGCCAACCCAGAGCUCCAGUUCAGAAGUACAAAAGUCUGAACAUGGAUCGACCACGAAUCCUCCAGAAGACGGGUUCGCUGCUUACUCUACUGCCCUCAGUGUGACUAUAGCUAUAGGAUGCUCUCUACUUAUACUCAACGUGCUCAUAUUCGCCGGCGUCUACUACCAAAGAGAUAAGACGAGAAUGAACGGCCAAGACGGCCACGCCAACGGCUCCCAUCUGAAGAAAAGAGCAGAAAACGGUCAAAUGCCGAACAACAUCUGCGGGGACCUUGAAGGAGCUUUAUCAUACCAGACUAGUUUAAAAAACGAUCCGGCUACCAUACUGAGCCACCACCAUACUCACUCGCACCACCAGCUACCGCCGCCGGAGUUCGCUGACCUGCCGAGCAACAACGUGGCGAGCAUGGCGACGUUACCGCGAGCGCCGCCGCCGCCGAAGAUAGGCAAGAGUAACAUAAACACUUUAGCAAGUGGACAACUGCAGGAGAACCAGCCGUUGCUCUCGCAUCAGAUGACGCUGAUGAACACGAGCACGCUGACGAAGAAGAACACGCAGCUGAACGCUAAGUCGAGCGUGACGAUGGAGGAGCUGCGCGUGUGACGUCAGCGCGCCUGACUGCAGCGUGCCGGCAGCUGCAGCGACGUGGCGCACCACGACGAGGUCGUGUGACUCCCGCCGGACCUUCUCAAGUCGCUCACGGACUACAUCUAAAGCGGGAAUCGGACGGCUCAUUUUUCGUUCAUUUUUCGGUCCUUCAUUCGGCAUCUUUCACUCGAAAUGAUACGUGUGGACUCAAAAUGAAACAAAAGAUAAUAUUUACUAGAAUGGACCGUCUGAUUCCGCCUUAAUAGACGUGAGCAAUGAACUUGGAAGGCCUAAAAAACAAGUGACUGUGAUCUCGAAGUAGAUCUGUGAUUGGACGUUUGAGACUUUUUCAUAUCGAACAGUGUGGUGGACAAAACAAGUGACUGUGAUCUCGAAGUAGAUCUGUGAUUGGACGUUUACGAUUACGACUUUUUCAUAUCGAACAGUGUGGUGGACGAAGCAAUCGAUGCCAGUGUUGAUGCUGCGGUGUAUGUUGAACUAUAGUGAAUUUUAAACCGUAACGUUACGGUAAGAUUUUUCUCCAAAAAUAAAUAAAUAUUAUAACUAGUAAAAUGAUAUUAUUAAAGUUUAGAAAAACAAUUGAAGUACAAGUGAUGGAGGUUUAAAACUUAUCUCUCUUGGAACUAUGGAACGGUUUGUGUAUUAAUGCAGUGUAUAUGGUGUAAAUAGUAAUAAUGUAAUUAUCUUUGUGAACGAUGUAUAUAACUCAGCAGCUCUGUCGCAUAUCCAUCCUAAUAAUGUACUCAGUAAUAGCACAAAUAAUUUUAAACGAGUUAAUUAGGCAAAUUAUCCAAUUGAAAAUUACUGCCAUGAUUUCCAUGAAAAUGAAAAAAAUAUGUAUUUUAUAUUCCGUUUUAACUGCAAUAUAAUUUUCUUUUU